AUGGAUACUGACACCACUACAAAACCACACCCAGAAAAGAGCAUCCCCAGCAUGACAGCAUUCUCUAUCAUGUUUGUCAGCAUUGGUAUGUCAUGCUUCAUAUGGCAAUCAAUCACAGCAGGGCAAAUGUUCUACAAAGCAAGAAAACCCAUCAUAGGCCUUGUAUUUGCUCAAGCUACCUUAGGCAUCGUGGUUACGUUUGUCACCCUACUCACCUCAUUAACUCCAGACUUUGAUUGCACCUUUCGUCUGCUAUUUUCAGUCGUAGGUGUCAAUGUUGCCGACAUAUCGCUGCAAUUUGUGCUGUUGUGGAAAGCUUAUUUGGGUAACAAUCGAUCCAAACUGAUUCUGGGCGUUGGCUGUAUACCACUGGCAGCCAUUGCAGCCUUUAUCAUUGCCAACAUGACUUUUGGAAGGUCCAUAUCAGAGCAAGGUGUUGGAUUAUGCGAUACAGAUUAUCCCACAUACAUUGUGAUUGCAAAGGCUGCCAUUGAUUGUAUAUCAAACACAUUCUUGUCUAGCUGCUUUGUGCUAGUUAUUUACAGACAUUACCGUAUCUUGGGAAGCAGCAUUCAAAAGACACUGAUCACAGAAGGCCUUAUCUACUGUUUUGGUGUAUGUUUGUCAAACAUUCUCACUGGUAUCUUGAUGGCAAAGACUGUGUUAGGUGGCAGCACACCCAUCUUGUAUACAAUUGACUGGUAUCUUGCUUCCUACCUCAUCAUAAAACAGCUUGAAUCUCGCCAUAAGCAUACUGGAUUGAAAGAAGAUGAAGACGAAGAGGAGGAUGAUAGUAGCUCAAGCAUAGCUUCAAAGUGCGACAGUCAAUCCUAUCGACGACACGGCGACGAAGAACGUGCAGCUCAAGACAACAUUGACUCAUUUCACAACAAAGCCAGAGAUACAUACUAUCAGUCUAUUGAUGGAACAGUGGUUGCAUCCAUAACUGCUGCAAGCACACCUCAUCAUUCAUAUCUGGAAGGAGAUGAUGGAAAACUGUGCCCCUUGCCGAGUUUGCCUCCAUUCGAAAAGAAGAUUUGCGAUUAUACAAGGAAGAAUUCUGCAACACAGUUACUAGAAGAAAACGACACGACAAUUGAAGCUCUAGCUGUACGCGAAAUUGCACCGGAAUCACUAAAAAUAGCAAACCCUAGAGCCACAGACGAGAAAUAA